AUGUUUGAAAUAAAAACCAAUCUCCAAGUACAAACCAGAGUCUCACUGUUUGAACAAAGUGGGACAAUAUCACAUGGAUUCUUGAAAGAAGUUAUUGAAACCAUAGUUUCCAACCGUGAGAAGUUGUUCACCACUGUGGACAUAUUCCAGAUGUGUUUUGUGCCAUCUCCUCAAGUUUGUGCAAUCAUCUUGGAUAUCUUGAAUGAGGUCUUUGGCGAUAUCGACCAAAAUGACAUUCAACAUGAAGCAUCUGAAGUAGCAGAAUCCAUGGUAUCUCAUUUGCUUAGACAAGAUUCAGACAUACCCUUUAAAGACAUGUCAGACUGGGAUGAUGAUGACUGGCUGUAA